AUGUUCUGCACAGGUCGGCAGAAGAAGGAGGCCGUUUUCAUUACAGUCGCCGAUUCCGUGGGAACCCAGCACUCACUCCCUGGCAGCAUGAUCUGUCGCAAGGGGACAUUGAAGUCGCCAAGGGCAAGCAGAAUGUCCGUCUUCAGCACAGUCGCCUGCAGGGCCCGCAAGUCAUUGCAGAAUUUGUUUUUACCCCUUCAAAGCUGGUCAUUGGGGAAUGUAGGCGCUGGUGAUGGGGACGAAUUUGGAUUCCUGAAGAGGCAGGCGCAGGCUCAUCAGUUGGCCAUUGAUGCCGUGCGGCCGACAGUGCAGUCAUGCCACGAUGCCGUUCUGGAUGGCAAGGGCGACGCCAGUGUCAUAUCGCUCUGUCUUUGGGCGGCCGUUCCAGAAGAAGGCGUAGCGGGCACCAACCUUCUCCAGUUGGCCCUGUUCAGAGAAGCGGGAAGCCUACGGGAUUCCGCGUUGCCCUAUCCGGAGGACGUUUAG